CGUGAACCUUCGAAGGAGUGCCAGACAGACAGGCAGAGACCCAGUGGCCAGCGUCCAUGGACUGAUGGACAGACAGACAGACAAGUGACGAACAGAGAGAGAGAAAGACAGACAGACAGACAGACAGACCGGUCAACCAACGGACGAUCGAUCGGGAAUUCGUUACAUGAGUCGCAUACGUUCUGUAUUACGUCAAUGUCUCUUACAUUAAUUCGAGCGCUGAUCAGUGAUUGAUUGAUCGAUUGAUUGAUUGGCUUUCUUUCUUCUCUUGUCGCGUCGCAUUGAGACGAGUGAGUGAGUGAGUAAGUAGAAAUGGCAACUGGGCGGUCCGCCCGGCCCAGGCCACCCAGCAAAACUCCGCCACCAUCAGCGGCACGCAAUCGCUAUGCAGUCGGCACACAAUCACUCACCACACAAUCACCCGGCAACGCACACACAUUGGUCACUCACGCCUGUACAUGUGUUGUCUGAUGUUUUUCUUUCGUUCAGUGAUCCGCAAUGUGCUCCGCACUGUGUUCGGGAGCAUCGCCUACAUCCGCGAAUUGUUCCCCGAGGACUGCUUCGAGGAGAAGACCAUCAGUGAGUCACCGAGAGAGGCGACACAUGUGUGUCUCUCUCCGUUUGUGUUGUGGCUGCGCGUUGUCUGUGCGUGUAGGUGAGCUGCCGUUGAAGAUUUUGCGGCCCAAGGACGAGCACAGCGAGGCGGCGAAGCUGCACGCAUGGCUCGACAAGAAGUGCCUCCGGUCAGCCAGGGAUGCACUCUUGUGUGUGUGUCUUGUGCUGUGCUGUGUCGUGUGGACGGAUGUAUGGAUGGAUGGAUGGAUGUGUUGGUGCAGUAUGUUGAUCUUCGGCAUCCAUGACUCGUUGACGGACGCGCUGCUCGAGUCUCACCACUUCAAGGCACACAGACACACACAGAGAGAGACACUCACCACGCCACGCCCAUCUCUCUCUCCAUGUCUCUCUCUCUGUGUGUGUGAGUGUGUGUGUGCAGUUUGCCUACGACAACAGUGUGAGUGUGGACGUGGAUCGCGACAACGGCGACCCACAGGCACAGCCGAGUGCGAGCGCCAGUGCCAGUGGAGUGUCCAAGGAGGAGGCCAAGAAACAGGCCACAUCGAUGCUGCUGAACCUCAUCUUCCUCACAAGUAAGUCAGUCAACUCAGCCAUUCGACACCCACACCACACACACUGACCUCCAUCCCCCCUGUCUGUCUGUCUGUCUGUCUUUCUGUGUGUCUUUAGAGGAGCUCAGCCCGCUGCCAGGCAGGCCAAGCCCAUCAACACAUACACAAGAUGAGAUAGAUGCUCAUCCUUACUGUCUUUCCCUCUGUGUGUGUGUGUGUGUGUGUGUGAGUGUGCAGAUGACCGCUACCUGACCAUGAAGAUGAUGUGAGCAGCUGUCGUCCGCCAUCGGAUCGGAUAAUUGAAUCGAAUUGCACACAGUGAGUCGUCCGCCACUAUGUGAGCAGCGGCUUGAGGGAGUGCUUCUCAAGCCGUCCAUCUGUGUGUGUGUGUGUGUGCAGGUGACGUGUGUGAGUUUGGCUGCGAUGAUCGAGCAGGACGAGGAAAUCGCACAGUGCAUAAUCGAGCAGUGAGUCACUGCCACACACACACACACACACACACAGAUUGCCGUGUCAUUCUCUGUCGUCAGGCUGCAGGAGAGCGGCUUGCUGAGUACAAGUGACCACAUGGGCAAAGGCUUCAUGGUGCCGCGACACACACACAACAACUCGCAGCAACAUCAAGGUACAAAAGACACACACACAACACCUCUCGUCUAAUGCCAUCUCAUCUCUCUCGUCCGUCAGUGUCGCGCAAGCGUGGUCGUGCGGCGGUGGACGACGACAAGUCGUCGCACAGUGAGAACGGCGCCGACGACAAGAAGGGACGGCAGUCGAUCAGAAGCCCCGGCCACGGACUCUCGUAACCACACCACACCACACACGGAUGGAUGGAUGUCCCUGUAUGUGUCUCUGUGUGUGUGUGUGUGUGUGUGUGUCAGGAAACGGCCGUGCCGCACACUGCCGAUGCUCAAGUGACAGACAGACAGGCAGACAGACAGACAGACUGACUGACAGGCAGACAGUCAUGCGUGGCGUGUGUGUGGCGUGAGAGACAGUUUUGUUGAUGCUAUCGCAGCGCAGACACAGACGACAGACAGACAGACGAGUGGAGGAUGAACUCGGGAC